ACCCACAACCUUUACAUUUACAGAAUGACACUCCAACCAACUGAACCACACUGACCAGGGCUGCAUCUACAUUUUAUUAAGACUGCUUCUUUCUCAUUCACAAGUGAUCUUGAGCAACAGAACAAAUAUUUUAACAGAAAUGAAAAAAGGACAUUAUCAAACAUGAAAUGAAUCUCAAAUAUGACAAUGUAUGCAAAUAUCUGGACUUUUUCAAAGACAAAACCAGUUAGCUAGGAGAGUAUAGCACAGUGGUAAACACUGAUGUUAUUGCAACCAGGCUACCUAGAUUCAACGCUGGACUAUCCCAAUAUUUAAAUGAGUCAUAUAACCUCUUUUUAGUCAAAUUCUCCUUGUCUGGAAAAGGAAAAUACUAUUAGGUCUUAACUCAAACUCAUGUACACAUACAGUCUCGUUUUUAUGCAGAAUCCUCUCUUUAUGACUGUGCACACGGAACCCUGGGAAAUAAAAGAAUGGCCUCACCGGAUCUGAAAUACACAAUGAUCUUCCUGUGUCAGAUGCUCAUUGGAAUCCUGGGGAAUUUGUCACUCUUAUGUUAUCACAUGUCCCUUUACCUCAGUGGAUACAGGUCAAAGUCCACAGAUUUGAUUCUCAGUCAUCUGAGUUUAACCAACUCCUUAGCCAUUCUCUCAAGAGGAGUUCCAGGGACAAUGGCAGCAUUGGGAUGGACACAUUUUCUCAGUGAUUUUGGCUGCAAACUUGUUAUUUAUGUUCAGAGACUAGCCAAGGGUAUGACCAUGGGCAACACCCUUCUCCUGAGUAUCUUCCAGGCCAUCACCCUCAGCCCCAUGAACCCCAGGUGGGCAGAGCUUAAAGCAAAAGCUGCCAAAUACAUUGGCCCCUCCAAUAUGUUCUGCUGGAUCCUGAACAUAUUGCUACAUAUUAGGGUUGCUCAGCACAUAACCGAUAAGUGUAACAAUGAAAGCCUCUCAAAAAUUGUGGACCUCGGAUACUGUAUUUUUGAACUUUAUGCAAAAGAUGCAGACUUACUGUAUUUAAUAUUCAUAUCCAUCCAUGAUAUUUUGUGUUUAGGACUCAUGGCUUGGGCCAGUGGGACCAUGGUUUCCAUUCUGUGCAGACACAAGCAGCGUGUCCAACACAUUCAUGGGACCAAAGUGUCCCCCAGAUCCUCCGCUGAGAUCAGAGCUAUCCAGAGCAUCCUUGUCCUGGUGACCACUUUUGUAUCUUUUUAUACCGUCUCCCUCUUUAUUCACAUGUAUUUUGUUCUUUUUCAUAAGACCACUUGGUGGCUGAUAAACAUCUCUACCCUAAUCAAUGCAUGUUUCCCAACUGCCAGCCCCUUUGUCCUCUUGAGUUGUGACCAGCGUGUAUCCAGAUUCUUCCUUGUGUACGCUGGGAAACUCAAACAGUUGCCACAUCCCUUCAAAAUAGCAUAAAUUGUUUGCUUUUCACUGUGUUCAGUCACUUAUGUACUCUUCAUGCAAGGAAGCUUGAGUAAAAUUGGAGUCAGUCUCAUUGCCUAUGGAGUUUUGAAUAAGACAGAGAUUCUGUUGCAACAAUAAAUAAUUAAUAAUAAUAAAUGAAAUCUUGUUUUGUUA